UUUGACUAAAUUCUAUUCUAAGAUUUAUAACAGAAAAAUAAAUAAAAAGAACAAGUGAUGUUGCUAACGAUGUACGGCGUGAAAGUGUGGAACAAACGCAGGUCGGUAACGGUUUGCACAGUGAGUGGGUUUUGGAGAAGAGCGUCGCUGCGCUUCUGGAUUUCCUAGGGGGUAGGAGUUACCCGAUUGAUGGGGACCGGCUACGUAUAAAUACCCACCUCCUCGAAGGGGUAACCAUCAUUGUUCGCUCACCUUCUUCCUAACACAGACAUGAGACCGUUUGUGUUAUCCUCGUUUCUCCUAGCAGUCGCCUGCGUGGCAAAUGCCGGCGAGGCUAGCAAGGCCAGCAAAACUGAGAAACGCGGCAUCAUCAGCGAUAUCGGCGAUCAUGGUUCAAUCUCGAUCGGUGGAGGCCACGGAGGAAUCUCCCUUGGAGGCGGUGAUCUGGGCGGUCACGGAGGCGGCCUCGAACUCGGAGGCCACGGCGGUGGUCUUGGCGGAGGACUUGGAGGUGGACAUGGAGGAUUCGGCGGUGGACUAGGUGGAUUGGGAGGUGGAUUAGGUGGAUUUGGCGGUGGAAUUGGAGGUGGAAUUGGAGGUGGAUUCGGAGGUGGUGCCGGAGGCGGCGGCGGUGGUGGCGGUGGUGCCACCAUCAGCACCGUUACCCAAACCGUCGGCGUACCAGUACCAGUACCACAACCCUACACUGUCACCAGACCUGUUCCAGUACCAGUUGCCCAACCAGUAGCCGUACCAGUACCAAGACCAGUACCUGUCUCUGUGCCAGUACCACGACCAGUUGUAGUACCCCGUCCCGUACCAGUAACAGUAACCCGUCCAGUACCAGUAGCUGUACCAACUCCAGUCCGUGUACCAGUAGCUCAACCAGUCGCUGUUGAAGUACCACAACCCUACCCAGUCACCAUUCCACAACCAGUCGCCGUGCCUGUCCGUCAAACUGUCGUAGUACCAGUUGCUCAACCCAUCUUCGUAGGAGGAGGCGGCGGCGGUGGCGCCGGCGGUGCUGGUGGACUUGGCGGUGGUCUCGGAGGCGGUCUCGGCGGUGGACUCGGCGGAGGAUUCGGCGGUGGACACGGAGGUGGUCUCGGCGGUGGACUCGGCGGUGGACACGGUGGACUUGGAGGUGGUCACGGAAUCAGCAUCUCCUCCGGUGGAUACGGAGGCGGUUACGGAGGCGGCCACGGUGGAGCAUCCAUCUCUACGAUCUCCAUUGGUCACGGAUCCAGCUUGGGCGGUGGACAUGGAGGUGGUUUGUCCUUGGGUGGACAUGGAGGUGGUUUGUCUUUAGGUGGACAUGGAGGUGGUUUGUCCUUAGGAGGACAUGGAGGUGGUUUGUCAUUGGGAGGCGGUCACGGCGGUGCCACCAGCUAUUCCAGCAUCUCCUUGGGAGGUUCGUCCAAAUACUAAACGAAAUUAAGACUAAAGAUUUCAUUCGUCAUCUAUUACUCAUCCAAUCAUUGUCCACACAAUUUUCAUUGUCAAUGUGAUAACAGUAUUUUUUAUUGUUGAUUGAUGGCCUAACACCAUCUGUGUAUAUAUUUUUUACACGCAUAGAGAAAUAAAGCUAUUU